AUGCAGCACAAUGUUGAUGACCCUCAACCCCCCACUAAUGUAACCUACAAACAAGCCAACGGCCGCAGAAUCACCACAGACAUCUACCUCCCACCCUCGACCUCCUCAAAUGGAAAAGGUGAAACCAAAUACCAUCCAGUCCGGCACGAUGUCCCCCAUCCGCCACGCGCAAUCCUCGCCGCCUACGCAGCGGUGCACUCCGAGGAUCCCUGUUUGGCAACGACCACGCCUCUCCCGCAUGUUCGGGAGAAAUACAGUCUCCCCGCGCUAGAUAAAGCCUUCCUGAACAAAUUCUACAAGGAGAAGCCCGUGCCUACCAGCAGUGGCGUAAAUUUAUUGGGUCAGUCUGAGACGCGGCUAUCCAGAGGUCAGGUCCGGACUUCGACCUUCAGCAGGCCGCAGGAUGCGCUUGCGUUGACGCAGAUUGCGAACGGGAGGGUGCUGAGGCGUGUUACGGUUAUCCGCGUCAUGUCCAUGGGCGGGACUUCAAGGCGAUUAGUCCGAUGGAGAACAUUGGAAAGGGGUUCCAGCCGGCGUUGA